CGCUAUUCUAGAUGUUAUAAAAGACCCAUCAGAACUCUAGCAUCGCAUUUUCAGUUUGUUCUUAGAAUCUCUAAAAACAAAAAAAUGAAUUUGAAGGGUUUUAAAGUUUUUCUUUGUUUAUUCGUUGGUUACAAUUUAUUUACGGUAGUAACUCCUUUUGCACCGUUACAAGAAAGAACUUUUCAUCCUGCUCUACGUCAACAUGCAGAAUUCGGUGAAGGUGUUCGAGAUUGGUUUCGGGGUGUAAGGGACAAAGUUCGACAUUUUUUUAAGCCAACAACAACUACACCAUCUCCACCACCUGUAGAAAUUGAAUCAGUCAAAAAAGAAAUUAUGAAUAAAUUCUUUUUAGAUUUAGCAAAUACUCGAUUUAAUCCUGAUCGUGACUGGGGCUUUCGCAUGGGAAGUUGGUACUUCAUUAAAAAAGUUGAUGAUUCUUCUGAUGAUAAAUUUCCUGAUUAUGUACCAACAACUACAACUACUGAAUCUGUUGAUGAAGUCACUCGAGAACGAGAAGAACUUAUUACUUCCACUCCAGCUCAACCAUCUAUUUAUACUGAAGAAAUUGAAACAUUAGACCAUGGACGUGUAGAUUCUACUUCACUGAAUCCAGUUGAAAAUACUGAAAACAGUGAAAAAAUCCAACCUGAACAUACAAUAUUCACAACUGAUGUUUCUACCAUUGCUGAAACAACUAUUGGAGAAAGUUUCAUGUCUACUCAAGAGUCUGUUGGAGUCAAUGAUAUCAAUACGUCUGUAGCUCCAACGACACAAAUCGUUGAAACACGACUAAAACAUGAUAAUGAAAAUGAAAUCCCAAUGAGAGAUCCUCUAUCUGCUGAAGUUAUCUCGCCACAAUAAAACACUCCAUGGAAGAGUUAAAAAUUUUCACUUAAUAUGUAAAAUUAAACUAAAUAAAUUGAGAAUUUUUAAAAAUUAAA